AUGUAUAAAACUACGUUUAAAGAAAUAAAUAAAAUAAAAAGUGAAAGUGAUAACGAUGAAAGUACUGAUGAAAAAAAUUCUAUAAGUGAUGCUAUGUCAUCAGUUUUUGUUAAAUCUACAAAAAUACCUGAUAACAUAGAUGUUGUAAAAGGAAUAAAUUUCGACAAAGAAAUAAAUAUACAUGAAUUUAUUAACCAUUAUAAAUACAUGGGAUUUCAAGCAACAAAUUUAGGUAUAGGUAUAGAUGAGAUAAAUAAAAUGAUACAUCUUAAAUACAUUGAUAACAAUGGAAAAAAUGAAAUAAAUGAUAACAAUGGAAAUAAAAAAAAAUGUAUGAUAUGGCUAUCUUUUACAUCUAAUAUGAUAUCUAGUGGUUUACGAGAAAUAUUUGUAUAUUUAGCUAAAAAUAGAUUUGUAGAUGUUAUUGUAACCACUGCUGGAGGUAUAGAAGAAGAUAUUAUAAAAUGUUUCUCUAAUACAUAUUUAGGAGAUUUUAGUUUGAAUGGAAAGAAAUUACGAAAAAAAGGAUGGAAUAGAAUAGGUAAUUUAAUUGUACCAAAUGAAAACUAUUGCAAAUUUGAAGAUUGGCUUCAACCACUAUUAAAUAAAAUGUUAGAUGAACAAAAUGAAAAAAAUGAAGAAAUAUUUCUAAAAAAAUUAGAAAAAAGAAAAAAAAGAGAAGAAAAAAAAGAAAAUGAAAAAAAAAGUAAUUGUGAUCAAAAUGAAUCUGAUUCUGAUGAAGAGUCAGAUCUUUUUUAUUUAAGUCCUUCAGAAUUUAUAAAUAGGCUAGGUAAAGAAAUUAAUGAUGAAAGUUCUUUAAUAUAUUGGUGUUAUAAAAAUAACAUACCUGUAUUUUGCCCUGGUUUAACUGAUGGAUCCUUAGGAGAUAAUUUAUUUUUUCACAAUUAUGGAAAAAAAAUAAAAAAUAAUUUAAUUUUAGAUAUAAUAAAAGAUAUUAAAAAAAUAAAUUCUCUUGCAUUAAAUUGUAGAAAAUCAGGAAUUAUAAUACUAGGUGGAGGAUUACCAAAACAUCAUGUAUGCAAUGCAAAUUUAAUGAGAAAUGGAGCAGAUUAUGCUGUCUAUGUUAACACUGCUAAUGAAUAUGAUGGAAGUGAUAGUGGAGCUAAUACAACUGAAGCAUUAUCAUGGGGAAAAAUUAAAUCAGGAAACAAAAAUAAUCAUGUUAAGGUUUUUGGUGAUGCCACAAUUUUAUUUCCAUUAAUGGUUCUUAAUACUUUUUAUUUAUAUAGCCAAAAUAAAAAAAAAAGAAAUACUGAAAUAAAAGAAUGA